AUGCAGGGUGACAAAGCUAAUCAAGAAGACAGGCUCAGUGCACUUCCCGACGACAUUUUGAUUCAUAUAUUGGAUAGACUCAAAACACGUGAUGCUGUGAGGACUAGUGUCCUCUCAAGACGGUGGAGGCAUCUCCCUGGCGUCCUGUCUAAGAUCAUUCUCCAUGUUGGAUCAUUUAAGCCUAAGGAUGGUUCCAUGCUAGCCAAAGACGAUUUGAGAAUAAGAAGCAACAUCUCUGUCAUCGAAGCAACCCAAAGUAACUCAGACUUCACUGAUGUGCUUAGCACAUGCAAGAAGCUAGAAUACCUCCAACUAAUAAGCUGUGACUUUCAGCCAUCAGUAUUGCAAAUGGAACACCCGACGCUUAUUAAAAUGGAGCUUGUGAUGUGGGACCAUGAAUGCAAAACGAGUGAGGAUGAGGAACUAUACCAAAAGGAAGGUGAUAAAUUAUUGAAGUGGGAAUCAUCUCGUGAUUUUAAGCAUCAAAAUUUGAAUGUUCUCAGAAUUGUGGGCUUUCAAGUUGACGAGAAGUUUAUGACGUACAUAAGACGGCUUAAUGGGUAUUACAAACCCACGGCGGAAAGAUCUUACUACUACCCAUUUUACUACCUACAUCCACAACGUUGA